CGUGGACCGGAUGAGGCGUGGCUUCGUUGAUUUAGCGCGAAUUUUCUUACUUCUUCCUGUGAAGUGUGAACAUUUCCGGAGGCCGGUGGACAGUAUUUAUAGCUUUACCGACUUCAGUUUAUUGUAGAUUCUUGCAGUGCCUGUGUCUGCUUCAAGUAGCAGUAACAUGUCUCAGGCUCGCGUUACUGAUUUCUUUUUCCAGAGAAAGAAAGGUAUCGCCGGGCCAGUGAAACCAGCCAAGCAGCGCAGGAGCGCUGUUGUCGAACAUGGCUCUUCUGGGAUCAGCACAAAUGUUGCCAGCACAAGGUCAAGAUCCUCGAAAAACAAAGGUGGUUUCCUGUGUUCGUCCUCCGUCCAUGAAGAGUUUGUCCGAGUUAUCGACGAGGCAGUGGAGCUAAACGAGGGAGAGUGUGUUAGUAACACCGCGAAAGAUACAUACUGUAGUCCCCGGACACCAAAGCGGACCUCAGCCGAGACAGAGUUCGACCUCGGGGGAGCCCUGUUUUCAGCCACCGCCGACCACAGCACAGCCAAGAAGAGACGUCAAGCGGAGACUGUUAAAGAAGCUGAAGUUUUAGAGAAAGCAACUACGAAGGCCAGGAAGGCCAGAAAGAAACUGGUUCUCCCUCAAGACACACCACAGGCUGCAGUCCAGAUCUUGCCCAGUCAGGGGACCCAGCAGCACUCAGCUCCGGCCUCGGUGUCUGGGCAGAAUGCGGAGAACCACCUGAACCUCCAUACCAACAGCUCUUCGCAGAGGGGGCAGGUCAGCCGCAAGAACACUGAAGGACAGGCCAGCAAGGCUUUGUGUAAAGAGGACAUUGCAGCCCUCAAGUCUCGCCUUCAGAGGAUCAAGAAACAUGCAGAGGAAUUAACCAGCGCUGCUCCUUGUAAUUUAGCUUCCACAUCCUCUUCUCCAGCUGGUUCAGCUGCCAACGCUACCACCCCCCUUGUCCCCAAAACCGUCUUGCAUGCCACCUGUGAUGCUAAGACCCUGAACUUCACUGUAGCACAAGUCAAAGAGCUUGCAGCUAAAGCUCAGCAGAGGAAGGUGGAGAGAGAGGUCAAGGAGAGCAAGCGGAGUGAGGCACAAAUCUCGGACAGUACUGAGCAGCCAGGAUACCAGCGGUACCACAACCUCGCCCAGGCGGCCCCCCCGGGACUGUCCCUGCCUUACCAGUACAAGGUGCUGGCUGAGAUGUUCAGGAGUAUGGACACUGUGGUCUCUAUGCUGUACAACCGCUGUGAGGCAGCCACCUUCCCCAAGAUCAAACGGGGAGUUCAGGACAUGAUGCACAAGCGAUUUGAGGAGAGCCACGUUGGUCAGAUACAGACUGUGUUUCCGGAGGCGUACAAAUUUAGACAGGAGAAGAACAUCCCAACCUUUAACAGCAACAUUAAGAAGGGCAUCUACCAGCUCACUGUGGAGCCCGUCAUUCUCUCUGACCAGAAUGAAGCUUGUCCUCUCUUGUCUGCCUCUCGGCUCCUGGAGAGAAGACGCAUCUUCCACCUGAAUUUGGUCUCCAUUGUCAAACUGCACCACAAGGUAUUUCUGUCCACAUUGGUUCCACCGAUGUCUGUUCCAGAAGACAAACUGACCCGCUGGCACCCUAACUUUAAUGUGGACACUGUGCCAGCCAUCUUGGCUAGCUCGAUGCCUCAGCCUCCUCACACGGACAAACUCUCCACUGCUCAGGAAGUGCUGGACAAGGCUCGCUCACUCAUGACGCCCAAGAUGGAGAAGGCUCUGGUUUCUCUGGCUCUAAAGACUGAAGACAAAGCUGCAAAGAGUAAAGAGCCAUCAUCUCCGCAGAAGCCAGCAGUCCCCCAAGCAUCAGCUCCAUCUGCAGCUGCAGCUCAAGUCCCAACUGCCCUGAAAGGAGUGUCCCAGUCCCUGCUGGACAGGAUUCGGGCAAAGGAGGCCCAGAAGCUCCAGGCAGCCAUGACUCGAAACCCCACCCAGGAAGAGCGCCUGCUGAUGAUGUCACGGCUUCCUGAGCUGGCCCGGAUUCUCCGGAACGUUUUUGUUGCAGAGAAGAAACCGGCUUUAAUAUUGGAAUUGGCCUGUAACAGGAUGGUGGCCAGCUACAAAUCUGCUCUCAGCACAGGUGAAAUGGAGAAACACAUCCGUCUGCUGGCAGAAGUGGCUGCUGAUUGGCUGACUAUUCAUCCAGUCAGAAAGGACUUCUACCUGAAGUUGAACAAGAACAUGGAGCUCAACAUCAUUCUGGACAAACUGAGCAGCAGACUCCGAGAUGAAGAGAAAAUGUAACAUCUAAAUGAUGACCGUGAUGUGAUAGCCUUUUGCACACUGAAGGCUAGUUAAAGUGCCAUAUUUUUCAUUGAAUUUCAUCAGUUUGUGGGCAGUAUGUAUGAUGUUUUAGACACAGUGGGUUUUGUGUUGUGCCCUGUGCUCUAGGCUGUCAGAGUGAAAUGGUCACUGAUUGAUCUAGGCACAGCUCCAGGAUGCUGGCAUGUCCCAAAAUCCUGAGGCCACAUGGGGCCAACCUCGUCCUGGUAUUUCCACCACCCCUUUUGUAAACUGGUUGUUUUAACCACACUUUAGUUUUUAUUUCCUCCAUGAAAGUGUAAUAUUGGGGUCUACGUCCAGUCAAUUUUCUACAAUGUAGAACUGAUGAAUGUUUACAUUUUUAAAGGUCACUACUGUUUGAUAAUGUUUAAGAAAUACAAGCAUUUGAGUGCCACUGCCUCCAA